AUUUAUUUACCAAAAGCGAUUUUCAUGACAUGAUUUUAUUUACUGAUGACAAGUGACCUUCACAUUUACUCCAGAAAAAGUACGGGAAAAAAUGGCGAUUCUGUGAACAGGGCCUCGUGAAUCGAAAUGGGGAAACCAAAACAUCAGAGUCCAGCUGUCAAAAAAGCAAACGCAGUUAAAAAGAAGUACAACAGGGGCUCACCUGGGAAAUCACUCCGGUGCAAGAGAGCAAUUCUGGCCAUAGAAAAAAAAGAGGUAACUGUCAGGAAAGCAUCAGAACUGUAUGGCUUAUCUUAUGGUUAUUUACAUAGGCGUCUUUCUGGAGAGGUUGAAUUAGAUAGUCGAAAUGGUCCACAGCCGAUUUUCACUAAAACUGAAGAAGAGGCGAUGGCACAUUGGCUGAAAGAAAUGGCCAGUCGAGGCAUGGGGUUAAAGCCGGGAGAUGUUUUGGACUUUGUUCAGAAAUUAGUCACCAAUGAAAAGAAACAAACACCAUUUGCAAAUAAUAGGCCUGGAUAUGACUGGUACUAUGCAUUCAUGAGGCGUAAUAGUCACAUCGUUGAAAUGAGAACUGAAACCCCACUGGAAACUUGUAGAGCUAAACUUACAAAAGAGAAGACAGACAAAUGGUACAGUUCAUUUAGAGAGUUUUUGUCAUUGAAAGGAUUGAUUGAUAAGCCAACCCGCAUAUGGAAUGCUGAUGAAACAGGGUUCAGUAUGGGAAGUACAUCCGGCAAAGUCAUUGGCCCAACAAGAGCACAACACCCAACUCAAGUGCCUCAUUUGUCUGGUGGUCACAGUAAACAGCGUCUUACUGUAAUGUAACCAAUCAUUUAAGAUUAUGAU